CCAGAAGCCAGCCUUGUAGGCCCUCCCACUGAGGACUUACAAAACCUCCUGCUUCUGGGAGCAGGCCCUCACUCACCGCUCCGCCCCACACUGAGCAGCAGGCUCACAGGGCUGAGAUCCCAAGAAGCCAGCCUUCUUCUCUCAACACAGGAAUCCAGUAGGUGACGCCGUUGUUGUGGGAGGUGGCAUCAUGGAGAAAGUGCAGGAUGCCUCCCGGCCACCACUGACCUACGUGGAGGGCAUCCCGCUCAUCAAGUACUUCGCGGAAGCGUUGGGGCCUCUGCAGAGCUUCAAGCCCUUGCCUGACGACCUACUCAUCAGCACCUACCCCAAGUCUGGCACCACCUGGGUGAGCGAGAUCCUGGACAUGAUCUACCAGGGUGGCGAUGUGGAGAAGUGUCGCCGAGCCCCCAUCUUCAUCCGAGUGCCUUUCCUGGAGUUCAAGGGCCCGGGGAUCCCCUCAGGAAUGGAAACUCUGACGGAGACCCCAGCCCCUCGGCUCCUCAAGACGCACCUGCCCCUGGCCCUGCUCCCUCAGGUGCUGCUGGAUCAGAAAACCAAGGUGAUCUAUGUGGCCCGCAAUGCCAAGGACGUGGCCGUCUCCUAUUACCAUUUCUACCGCAUGGCCACGGUGCACCCCGACCCUGGCACCUGGGACGAGUUCCUGGAGCGGUUCAUGGCUGGGGAAGUGUCGUAUGGGUCCUGGUACCAGCACGUGCAGGAGUGGUGGGAGCUGGGGCGCACCCACCCUCUGCUCUACCUCUUCUACGAGGACAUGAAAGAGGACCCCAAGAGGGAGAUUAAGAAGAUCCUGAAGUUCCUGGGGCGCUCCCUGCCGGAGGAGACUGUGGACCACAUCGUCCAGCAAACGUCUUUCAAGGAGAUGAAGAAGAACAGCAUGACCAACUAUACCCUGGCCCCCCCCGAGAUCAUGGACCACAGCAUCUCAGCCUUCAUGAGGAAAGGCAUCGCUGGGGACUGGAAGACCACCUUCACUGUGGCCCAGAAUGAGCGCUUUGACGCCCACUAUGCUGAGAAAAUGGCUGGCUGCAGCCUCCGGUUCCGAUCAGAGCUGUGAGCAGCGUUGUGGGGAACGGCUCCCACCGGUGGUGUGUCUAACAUGGCCGGGAAUGAAGACGGCAGCCAGGGAGACAGCUCAGCUGGCAGGGUGUCAGGCUGGAGUGCUGCAGGCUCCUGGUUUGAUCCCUGGCACCGUGUGCACCAGAUACUUUGGCAUCUCUCUCUCUCUCUGUCAUGUAAAACUCUGCUCACAUGAAAUAAAAAAAGAAUCAAGCCUGGCUGGUGCUGACAGGCACCUCUGCUGGGAGCAAAGAGCAAA